GCAAAUUUAAGGUUCGACUGCCGUCUCCGCGUAAUACAAACACAAGAUUGCUGCCCGGAGGCUACGCUACGCGCGCACCGCCGCAGACGACACGCCAUGGCCACGCGUCGCAGAAUGCUCUAGAAUGAGACGCAGCAGCAUCGUGGCGCUCGCGGCGGCGCUGCUGCCCACCCUAAUUAAUGGACAGGGCGCGUCGUCGAUGCACCCCAUCGACUUUGAUGGAGACGGCGAUAUUGAUAUUGUGAAGAGCUCGCCGAUCGGGAUCAUCUGGCUCGAGAACCACGGGGUCCGCGCCGGCGCGCCCGAAAAAAAACACGCGUCGCCGGCGCGCUUUCAAAGCGGCGGCUGUCUCGGCGCGGCGGCGUGGAGGCCGGCACGCAUACUCACGGGUCUACGCACAGGUCGACAAGGAAUGGGAGACGCACAUUAUUAGUCUCAACCAGAACAUCAAGGACGCCGUCGCGGCGCACAAGCGGCACCGGAAGUUCGUGGACGUCAUGGAGGGCCGCGGCUUUGCGCCCGUGUCGGCUCUUUCUGACGAGCCGCCCGUGGUGGUCGCGGGCGCGGAGGACGCCGUCACCGUUGAUGUUGGUGGUGAGGUUGUUGAGGAGGCGGCGCGCUACGCCGAGCAGGAACUGUAGUAAGUGGUGCUUAAUUCGAA